GCUUCUGACUGAUUAUUGAAAACCUAAUAUUAUCUCAUUGGAAAGGUCGAUACUGUUAUCAAAACCAAAUAAUUCGUGAUUGAACACACCAAUAUGUAAUCCCCAUACCCUAUCCCUCCACCAACUUUGUCCAAUAGCAUAGCAAUAGGACGAGAUACAGUUAGUAAGUAUAGACUUCCAACUGUGACCGAAGAAACUCCAAUGGCUUCUCUUCAAUGGCUGCUGCAACUGAGCUCCAGUCCCUUCUUGCUCUUUGCAUCAAUCCUCCUUCUCCUUAAACUUCUUUUCAACCAAAACUCCACCAAAACAAAACCCAAUCUUCCACCAUGCCCUCCCAAGUUACCCAUCAUCGGCAACCUCCACCAGCUAGGUACCAUGCCUCAUCUGUCACUCCGUCGCCUGUCCAACAAGUUCGGCCCAAUAAUUUACUUACAGCUGGGUCAGAUCCCCACCGUGGUGGUUUCAUCAGCUAAUUUGGCCAAACAAGUGAUGAAAACUCACGACCUCGCACUUUCCAAUCGCCCACCCAUCUUCUCGGCUAAACUUUUGUUCUAUGAUUGCACUGAUAUUGCCUUCGCCCCUUACGGUGCUUACUGGAGACAUAUUCGGAAACUCUGCAUCCUUGAACUGUUGAGUGCUAAACGAGUUCAAUCAUUUAGCUUUGUCAGGGAAGAAGAGGUUGCUCGAUUGGUCCGUAGAGUUUCAGAAUCUUCUUAUCCUGCUACUGUAAAUCUAAGCAAGUUGUUGGGUUUCUACGCCAACGAUAAUCUUUGUCGAGUUGCUUUGGGAAGAGGUUUCUCACAUGGUAGAGACUAUGAUCGCCAUGGAUUCCAAAAGAUGCUUGAAGAGUAUCAAGAGUUGCUUGGAGGAUUUAGUAUCGGAGAUUUCUUCCCUUCCAUGGAGUUCAUCCAUAGCUUAACGGGUUUGAAAUCGAAACUCCAGAGCACGUUCCAACGCUUCGAUCGGUUCUUCGACGAGGUGAUAACCGAACACCUUGAUCCGGACAGACAUAAAGAGGAACAUAGUAAGGACUUGUUGGAUGUUUUGCUGGACAUACAGAACAGUAAAUCUAAUGAGAUCAACCUCACCAUGGACAAUGUUAAGGCCAUCAUGUUGGACAUGUUUGCUGCUGGAACCGAUACGACAUUCAUAACUCUUGAUUGGGCAAUGACAGAACUUAUCAUGAACCCGAAGGUACUCGAAACAGCUCAAGCCGAAAUCCGGAAAGUUGUAGGGGAUAGAAGAGUGGUCUUAGAAACUGAUCUGCCUCACCUUGAUUACAUGAAAGCUGUCAUCAAAGAGACCUGGCGAUUACAUCCUCCGGCACCGGUCUUACUCCCUAGAGAAUCCAUGGAAGACGUUACGAUCGACCGGUUCGAUAUUCCGACCAAAACACGGAUUUUCGUCAAUGUAUGGGCAAUAGGAAGAGAUCCAGAAUUAUGGGAAAAUCCAGAAUGUUUUGCACCAGAAAGGUUCGUACAUAGUUCAAUUGACUUCAAGGGGCAAGAUUUCGAGUUGAUACCCUUUGGAGCUGGUCGAAGAAGCUGUCCUGCUAUUACAUUUGGCACAGUGAGUGUUGAGUUGGCACUGGCUCAGCUGCUUCAUAGCUUUGAUUGGGAGCUUCAAUCAGGUACUGAAGCUAAAGAUUUGGAUCUUACAGAGAACUUUGGCAUCACAAUGCAUAAGAUUGCUCCUCUCAUGGUUAUUGCUAAACCACAUUUCCCUUAGGGCAGACCAUCCCUCCACUGUUCUGCAAAUUAUCUUGUACUAAACAUGAAAUAAAACAACCUUACAAAAAUAUACAAAUAUAUGAAUGUGUUUAUAUAA